GACAAACAAAAAACAAGAAGUGAAGUUAAAGAGAAGUGUUGUAAAAUGGGAAGAUAUACAAGCUUUACAACUGUGAAUCCUCUACAAAAUCCACGCUAUGCUGAUUUUGAUCAAAUUAGUCGAUGCGUUCAUUUCGACGACUUCGAAGAAGCAGUCCACUGUCAAAUCCUUGUCCCUCAGCCGCUCUCCAACAGCCACACGAGGCUCCUACAGCAGGUGUUGUGGUUCGCUCCAUCACAGUUGAGUUCGGAGCACAACUUCUAUGGCAACGUAAGCUUCACAAUCAAUUGGGCAACCGUCCAACAAAAACUCGGCCCGAACCUAUACCUCAUCGACCAGGCCAUCUACAACUCCAGAAGUUACACUCGAGUUGUGCUCACUGCAAAUAAUUAUGACGGAAUGUUGACGAGAGUUGACUUGGAUUCAGAAGGUUCACCCAUGAUAAAAUCCUGGUCAGGUUACCGCCACGCUUCGCACUGCAUGAACAAAUUACAGCAGGGUCCUCACGAGCUUCAGAUCGCGAUUGAAGUCGACGAUGACGAUGCAAGGUGGCUUUAUUUGAACUGUCAGCCGGCAUCCAAUAACCACUCUCUUGCGAACGUUCCUAGCAAUGGAAAGCACGCAAGGUGGGAUAGGCAGAAGUCAAAAUUUAAGUCGUACAAAUGUUUCAAGUUCAAUACUGCUCAAAACAUUGAAUGUCCGUACAACUGGACUCAAAGUUACUCUGAGCAGCUAAUCCAGAUGGUAUUAAACAGCCAGAUAUUAACAGCCAGCGACACAGAGAGUUCAUAUUUAAGAACUGAACCAGAGUAUAAUUCUAAUCAUACAAACGCUGACGUCAUUCCUUCCGUGACUGUAACACAACCCCAAGAAACACAUUCGGAGUCAGAAAAUGCAGAAAGUAGGCAAAUGAAAAAACCAGUCAUCUGGGUUGGAAUUGUAGUCUUGGUUUUGUUUUUGAUAUUUUUCUUUGUUUUCAGAAAAUAAAAUCUAUUUCAAGGCAACUAAUAUCGAUGUAAUUUUGAGGUUAAUAGAUCGCUGUGAAAAAUGUACGAGCCAUGAAAAACCCGAAAUUUCCAAGUGCAAAAUAUGCGAAUUCUCUACGAACCCCGUUCGAUGCAACUUGUUCAUGACAAUCGUAGUCUAUGGUUAGUUAGGAACAAAAUUCGGCAAAUGUUUGUUCGCAUUCCGCACAGGAAAAAUAGGUAUAAAAUAACUAGGUAUAAAUAAGUAAUUUAUUUAAUAAAUAUCUUUGAUUUUCUACUCUUUUGCAAUGAAAAAAUACAAUCCAUACAAUUACAAAAGUAUUUGAGUAGAACAUUCCUUGAUUUCGUGUAUUAAUAUACAGAAUGUUCACAUAGCAUACAUACAUUAAGUUAGCAAUAAUUGCACAAUUUUCUCAUAAUCUUAUCAUCCAUGUAUAGAACAUAACUUACGAAGUUAUGCAAAUACAUGAAACUUAGUUUCCACUCACUCUACAACAACAAAAAGUCUAUAAACGGUUUAAAUAUUAAACUAGCACUAAGACAGAGAAGCUACUGCUAAUAAAAGAUCAAUAACGAUCGAUGUAAAAAAAUAGAUUAUUUUAUAUGUUAAUUUGAAUGCCAUGAUCUUCUUUGAUGAAAUCCGCGCCACGUUCGCCGAUCAUGAUCGCCGGGGCGUUCGUGUUCGCUGGAAAAACAACUUGAAUAAGAUUCUUAAGAGCGGGACCAGGUAAACCUAGACUUGUCCCAUCCUAGCUCAAUUGUGUGUCGUUCCAAAAAAUUCUGAAAGUUAUUUAAUUUUUCAUGAAAAACGCUUUUUUGCAUGUGAGGUAAUUGUGUACGCGUUGAACUGAACAGAUUUAAGUAUGUAAAAAUUACAUUAGAGAUUAUGUAUUUUUGUGUUGGAGCGCGUUUGACGUGACCUAAGCUAAAUUACUGGUUCAGUAUUGUGUUAACCAUUGAUGUGUAAGGUACGUCCUGUAUUGAUAGGAAUAAGUUAAGAAAGUGCAUAUUAAGUCUUAAGCUAGUUCUUAUGUUUUCAAGUGUGUAUAUUUUGAGUUCUAGUAUUUUAGAAGGAUUUAAUGGUUAGAUUUUAUUCCUGCCGAUUAUUAAUUCAGGGCAGGUAAAUUCUCUAUUAGAUAUAAAUUUUUGUUCAUUUAUUCGUUACAGGAGUAUCAGUUAUACUCAGGAACUUGGUCCCUGACCUACUUCACGUUUCCAAUUAGUUUCAGUAAUAGCCUACGUAACAGGCUCAGCAAUAGUCCAAAUUCUUUUUAAUAUAUAUAUAAGUUAUAGUCGUAAACUUAUCCAGCAAUAGUUUAUUCUAUUUUUAGUGUUGUUUUCACGUUUUCACUCUCCAAUAAAGAUACACCAGA